GAUUCUUUUCCUUGGAGACUCCAAAUGAAAAAGAUUUGUCAUAUCAUCGAACCAGCAACUCUGAAUUGGUUUUCCAUGGCGUUUCAUUUCAAGCAACUCCCCGGAUGGAAUUUGAGUUUUAGCAGAGCCAGGUUCCAUUUGCCCUGCAUUUGUUCGUUAUUUUCUGUGUCCCCAUUUUCAACCAUUAAUUUUUUCUCAGAUUCCUCAUUAAAGGAACCGUCAUUUAAUCAAAUAAACCACCAGUCUAACGUCGACGAGAGUCGCGUUCUCAGUAAACUCUCUGACUUGUUUCAAUUUCCUUAUCGCAACUCGACUAUUCCAAAUGCGUACAAGGAGAGUUAUCCGGUGAAACAGAUAGAAAGUAGAGCUGUUGAUGACUUUUUAUUGCCAGAAGAGAAAUUGCGAGGGAUUUUUCUUCAAAAAUUGAGUGGUAAAACUGCAAUUGAACAUGCAUUGUCAAAUGUUAGUGUUGAAUUAAGCGUCGAUAUCAUUGCUAAGGUCGUAGAUAGAGGGAAUUUGGGCGGUGAAGCUAUGGUUUUGUUUUUCAAUUGGGCAAUUAAGCAGCCGGGGAUACCUAGAGAUAUUCGUUGUUACUAUAUAAUCAUUAAAGCGCUAGGUAGAAGAAGAUUCUUCAAGUUUAUUAUUGAAGUUUUGCGUGAUAUGGUGGAAGAAGGCAUACAACCUGAUCUGGAGACACUGUCAAUUGUGUUUGACAGUUUCGUUAGGGCUCGGCGAGUGCAUAAAGCUUUAGAAACGCUUGAGAACUUAGAAGAGCUUGGAUUGAAGCGUGAUACUGAGUCUUUGAAUGUGCUUUUACAGUGUUUGUGUCGACGAGCUCAUGCAGGUGCUGCAAAUUCAUUGCUCAAUGCAGUUGGUGGGAAGAUAAAGUUUAAUCGUCCGACAUACAAUAUCACAAUAAGUGGGUGGUCAAAAUUAGGUAGAGUUAGUGAAAUGGAGAGGAUAUUCAAAGCAAUGAUAGCAAAGGGCUUUAGUCCAGAUUGUUCAACUUUCAGUUACCUUAUCGAGGGCUUAGGAAGAGCAGGGCUAAUUGAUGAUGCUGUUGAGACUUUUGAUCAUAUGAAGGAGAAGGGCUGCAUUCCAGACGCUAGAGUUUACAACGCACUGAUUUCUAACUUUAUUUCUAUUGGGAAUUUUGAUGAAUGUAUGAAGUAUUACAAGGGUUUAUUGGAUAGUAACUUUGACCCGGAUUUGGAUACUUACAUGAAACUGAUUUCUGCUUUUAUCAAAGCUCAAAAAGUGGCUGAUGCUCUUGAAAUUUUUGAAGAAAUGUUAGUGCAAGGGAUUGUUCCCACUACAGGGUCUUUAACCUCUUUUAUUGAACCUUUAUGCAGCUAUGGUCCACCCCAUGCUGCUAUGAUGAUCUAUAAGAAAGCUAGGAGAUUUGGCUGUAAAAUAUCACUUAGUGCCUACAAGUUAUUGCUCAUGCGGCUAUCUAAAUUUGGUAAAUGUGGAAUGCUGCUGAAUUUAUGGCAAGAGAUGCAAGAAAGUGGUCGUACUUCUGAUAUGGAAGUUUAUGAGCAUGUCAUUGAUGGACUUUGCAACAUAGGGCACCUUGAAAACGCAGUGCUUGUUAUGGAGGAGGCUUUACACAAGGGGUUUUGCCCAAGCAGAGUUAUAUAUAGCAAGUUAAAUAAUAAACUGCUGGCUUCAAAUGAAGUAGAGAAGGCUUACAAGCUAUUUUUGAAGGUUAAAGAUGCUCGCCCUAAUGAUAAUGCUCAGAGAUAUUGGCGUGCUAAUGGCUGGCAUUUUUGAGUCGGCACAUUUUUUUGUGACUAGGAUUUUCCAAAAAGCUUGCGACUUGUGAGCUCUUGGGUUUCAUGAUGGAUAAACUCCAAAUUGCCAAAGUGAUACACAUAUAUGGACAAUGUUGUGAAGGGACUAGUAAGAAAACACCAUAUCAUCAUUGGAGGGAGUAACUUUGGCAUUUCAUUUACCUUCAAUCUCUAAUAGUGCGAGAGUUGUUCACUGCCUAGUUCCUAUGGACAAGAUCUUGAAACCUGUUCUGAAUGUGCAUGUGACUCCACUCUUCUAUUGUGGUAGCCUGGCGGUGCCUUUAGUUAUUUGUUGCAAAUGAGGUAAUAUCUGCAGGUGCAUGUAUUUUGGAAAAGGGUUUUAGCAUUGGAAUUUAGAUAGAACAUGAUGGGCCUCUUGAACCAGGACGUUAUGCAUCUUCAAGGCGGGGGCAUGAAGAAAUGAUUAGCAGUCCUGAUUCUUGAAUUUCUUAAAUAGAGCAUGGUGGGCUAGUUGAACCAGAACAUUAUGCAUCAUCGUGUCAGCUGAUUGAGGAGCUUCUAGGAGAACAAAGUUGACAUCAAUUGAGGAGAGAAAUCUUCAUUAUGUCAAAAAGAAAAAAGGGAAGGGUGGGUGAAGGGAUAGUUGCAACUCUCAAAUUAGCUGGGGAUUAUGUUGAACUUAUCUGGGUUGGCUUGCCCUUCUUUCUUUUAGAUUUGAAAAUCUUAUCCAUUGUCACAAUUUUUUGUGAUUGCAUAAGGGAAACUUAUUGUUACAAUUGCUUUCAUGGAGUCUCGAUAUGGAUGGAGGUUGUGUUUUAUGUCACUCAAUGCAGCAGACCAGGAACAAUCUUUUCUUUUGAGUGUGAAUUUUCUAAAUGCAUAAGCGAAGAAGUCCUUCAACUCUGUCAGCUGAAUAGAGGAAUUGCAACUUGGAAUGAAGAACUUCAUUGGGCUGUAACAAGACUAAAGGGAAGUCUGCUCUUUCCACUAUUCUAAGGAAAGCCUAGAGUGCCUUUAUGUACCAGAUUUGGAGUUAGAGGAAUAGCAGACAAUUUUCUCAGGUUCAAGCAACAAGGACGGUGGGGCUUGCUUACAUCAAGGAUGCAGUUUGCUGGCGAGUUGCAGGUGCGGGGAACAUUGCAGGAGACUGUCAAUUUGAACCUUUGUAAUGCUUGGGGUCUUAAUUCUGGUACGUUGGGGCAGGAUAGUGUACAAGUAGCGGUUUCACUGCUUAUUGGAUAAAUAAAAUGCGGAUAUCACUGCUGCAAAUAAUGCUGCAGAAGUAACUGAAGCAAUGGUCGUUGAUAUGCAUCAGGUGUGAGGGAGGAAAUGUUGGAAUAUAUCAGCUUCAUUAGUCAGUCCUUUCUCUUCUUUUUAUUCUCAUCAGGAAGCUGAUGUGUUCAAUCCUUGACUCUUAAUAAUAUCAAACUACAAGAGAAGAUAUUGAUGUGUGUUCCUUGUCAUGCCAUGGAAUUCCUUUGUUUGGUUUCAAUGGUUAAAUUAAAUUCCUUUCUUUCCAUCUAUUUAAUGUCUCAAGCCUAGCAUAAUUUACUAAUCCCCACAAAGAGGAAAAGCGUGGUCUUUGGGUUUAAUCUCCAUCGUGGCAAAUGGCAAUUGAGGCUUGAGGGAUGGACCUUCUUGAUAGGAUCUUGGGCUUUAAUGCUAUCCAUUGUUGGGUUA